AAGUUUUGAAUUAGUGGGUACAAAAAAAAAAAAGAACCCCUGCAAAACCCUUCUCCUUUUGUCUCCUUCCCCAUUUCCCCGUCAAAGGUGCAGCUGCCAAAAUACACCAAACUCAACUGAAAAUGGCGACGCUACUACGAAGCGUCCGGCGAUCUUCUCUGCUAAACCUAACUAACACUCGUCGUCUUUCCAAUUUGACCUCUACACCAGUUGCACGUUAUUGUUCUUCGGCGACAUCAACAACAUCACCAACAUUCGCCGCAGCUUCUGAUCCCUUUCUCUCUGCUACUCCCAAGCCCAGAAAAUCACGGUUUCUCUCUCUUCUCAAGUUCACCGUCGUUGGAGCCGUCGUCGGAGCGUUCUCCACUGCCAGCUACGCCACCUAUGCAUAUACUGCGGAUGAAGUAGAUGAGAAGACUAAGGCCUUCCGAUCUUCGAUUAAUAAUAGCAUGAUUGAUGAUGUACUCACUGUGGAAACUCUCCCACAUCUGGUCUAUUCCGCUGUCAUGACAGUUCCUUCUAAAGGUGUUGAUCUUUACCUGGAUCUGAGGCGGUUAACUGAAGAACGUAUACAGGAGUUUGCCGAACCAAAUUAUGAUAAACUUCUUCCAGAUAUGAUUCAAGAAGAAGAGCAAUAUAGAGUUUUCACACUUGUUUUGGAUUUACAUGAGACAUUAAUUCUUAGUGACUGGAAGCGUGAGAAAGGUUGGUCUACUUAUAAGAGACCAGGAAUGGAUGCUUUUUUGGAGCACUUGGCUCAAAUUUACGAGAUUGUUGUUUACACCGAUAAAAUGGUGGAGGAGCCUGUCUUUGUGAAGCUCCAGGAAAAAGGUGUCCGACAUGUUCUAGGAAGGGCCUCCACAAAAUAUCAGGAUGGGAAGCAUUUCCGGGAUCUCUCCAAGUUAAAUAGAGAUCCUUCAAGAGUUCUCUAUGUUAGUGGACAUGCAUUAGAAUCCUGCCUUCAGACAGAAAAUUGUGUUCCUAUCAAACCUUGGAAUAAAGAAGCAGAUGAUACAACAUUGAUUGACCUCAUUCCAUUUCUUGAAUAUGUUGGUAUCCAUAGACCUGCUGAUAUAAGAACAGUUCUGGCUUCAUACCAAGGGAAGGAUAUUGCAACUGAAUUCAUUAAUCGUUCCAAAGAGGUUCAAAGGCAGCUAGGAAAGAAACAAAAGGCCUUCCCUUGGAGCCGCAACUCGUAGUAGAGGCAGGUGUGCUUCCCAUAUACGUUAGUAGUUCUUUAGAGGCUGGGUUAGCAAUACUUCUGAGUUUUAGGCGGCAGCGGCUGCUGCUUGGCAUGAAAAUAUGCUGCACAUGUUCAACAGUUCAAGGAUUGUGUGAGAAAUUUGUAAAUCCUGUUCUUACUGAACCUGAUUACAGUUUUUAAUAUAACAAUCUAUAGAUCUUUAGUUCAUAAUGA